AUGACAUAGUGAUGAAGAGCGCCAGAGGGACCACCGCUGCCUUGACCACUCUUGAAGCCUCUCUACGCAGCCUCGGCGGCCACAUCACCAACAACACCUGCGAUCACAACACUUGCUCAGGGGUCGAGUGGCAGUGUGGGUCUGGGGAGUGUAUCUCGCGGGAGACUUACUGUGAUGGCCUCGUAAACUGCCUUGACAAGUCAGACGAGCACUCCAACUGCACGAAGAUGUGCACUGAGGAGGAGUUCAAGUGUGUAUCUGACAGUGAGUGUAUCGAGUCAUCAUGGAAGUGUGACUUUGACAAGGACUGUGAUGAUGGCAGUGAUGAGCUCAACUGUCCGCAAGAGCAUAUGUGCACUGAGGAGGAGUUCGAGUGUGUGUCAGACAGUGAGUGUAUCGAGUCCUGGUGGAGGUGUGACCUGGAGAAGGACUGUGAUGAUGGCAGUGAUGAGCUCAACUGUCCGAUUGAUGUAUGAAAAGUAUACCAGCAGUGUCAUGUAUGAAAUACAUCAACAAUCUCU